AUGAGCUCUGCUACCAAGAACAGCGGUCGCCUAAUGGCCACCGCACUGUUUUGUGCUAUUAUCAAUGGAUGUACUAUGGGUGUUGACCAGAGUAUGAUGACCAAUCUGAACAUGAUUGACCAAUAUUUGACGUAUUUCAAUUUGGACUCCAAUUUGGAGGGACUUUUCUCCGCUUCCAUCAACAUCGGGUCUGUUUUUGGUGGCUUUUUCGCCGCCCAGAUUAUCGAUAUCCCCAAAGUCGGCCGGAAGGGAGGUAUCCUCAUCUCCGCUAUUUUAACCUUUUUGGGUGUCGGUCUCCAGACCGGAGCCAGAAAUAGAGCAAUGUUCUGUGUUGCCCGGAUUAUCAUCGGUGUUGCCGUCACUAUCAAUGCCGUUAGUGCCCCAACGUAUGUUGCCGAGAUGGUCAAGGCCGAACAACGUGGCUUUUUCGCCGGUGUGUAUAUGGCCAGCUGGUAUUUGGCAGCAAUUAUCACCACCGGUAUUUCUCUCGGCACCUACCAGAACGCUUCAUCAUGGGCUUGGCGUGGAAUCUCGCUCUGGCAGAUCGCUCCUUCGGUGCUUUGUUUGCCAGUUCUGUUUUUCAUCCCGGAAACACCGAGAUUUUUGGUGUACACCAACAGAGAGGAAGAAGCUUUGCAGGUGUUAAAAGACUACCACGGAAACGGCGAGGAAACCGCCCUGGUGGCCCACGAGUUUGCCGAGAUCAAACAGGUGCUUCAGUACGAGAAGGAGGCCAAGAUCGGCUGGCUUGACAUGCUGCGCACCCGCGGAAACCGCUGGAGACUGUGGAUCAUUUUCUGGAUGGGUGUUGCUUCCCAACUGACCGGUAGCAACAUUGUUGGAACGUAUUUGGGACUAUUUUUGGAGAACGCAGGAUACACUUCCACCAGACGCCAGAUCGUGCUGAAUCUGGGUCUGCAGAUCUCCAACUUGUUUUUCGCUUGCGCUGGGUCGUACUUGACCGAAGGUUUGGGUAGAGUGCCUAUCCUGUUCUACUCCACCGUGGUGAUGGGUAUUUGUCUGUUCAUCAUGGGCGGUCUUCAGAAAGUGUACGGAUCAGGAGACAACAUCAACGGAACGAACGCAUUAAUUUUCCUGGUGUUCUUGUUCAGUGGAACUUAUGCGUUCAGUUUCACUCCAUUAUGUGUUUCUUAUCCUGUCGAGAUUGUCAAUUACAGUAUCCGGACCAAGGGCAUGGCUUUUUCGCAAGUGGUUACUUUUGGAUUUGGGUUCUUCAACCAGUACGUGAUUCCAAUCGCGUUGGAUCACAUUUCGUGGAAGUUCUACAUGAUUAACGGUGCUUAUAAUUUCGCGCAAGCUGCUCUUAUCUGGUGGACUUUUGUUGAGGUCAAGGGAAUGACGCUGGAGGAGAUCGACGUGAAAUUUGACGGCGAGUUGCACUUCAACCCGGCCGAUUCCGAGAAUGAGGAAGUUUUGCAGGCCACUCAGGUGGAAAAAUUGGACGCUGAGAAGUCCGCCUAA